AUGGAUCUGACGGAAGUGCGUAAAUGGAAAGAGGUGGUUGGUGUUUCCUGUCCAGAGUUACAGGCGGUUCUGCUGGAGGGUCGAGAGAAGGAAGGAGAACCAGUUCAGAUGAUCUACCCUUUGCCUUCACACAGAUCCAUCAAACACAGAGUAGGACACCGUCAGGAUGAUACUAUCAUUUCUAAGCAGCUCUUGGGGCCGUUGUGGAGUAUACUGGACAGAGGUGCCCCGAUGCUCUUGUGUGCAGUGGCUUCUGACUCCAGUCUUGUGUACCAGAGACUGUGUGAAGGCUUCCUGACCCCCGACCCUCCAGUGGACAUCCAAGACCAAGGCCGCCGACAGCAUCGCAAACGGAGGUUACAGACGUGA